GGAAGAGUGCUGUGUCACGAAUAGUUGAGGUCCCACUUCCGCUGCUCGAGGGGACGACAGAAGUCCAACGCAGUGGUACCUUUGAAAGAAAGUCGUGAAUCCCAACCCCAGUUCCACUGAGCAUAGAGCCGAAGGCCCGCAGGAGGGGGCUUCGGCAGAGGCGCAAAAACAAAACUGCGAGGCAAUUAGCUCCGAAGUGGGUGGGAGUUUGUUGGUUCAUCCCUCGCCCUUGCCAGCCACAGCGCCUUCCCCCGCGCAAAGGUAGAGCGCCGAUACUAGCCGCGUUUUGCGCCCAACGCUCGAGUAGAAACCUGCGACCUCACCAGCUAGUCGGCGAGAUCUCAAAAGAUCAACACCUACAAGCCUCAUCAUCACAGCUCUCUGCUCCGUCAAGACCCCUCCCCGCGAACCGCCGCCGACCGAAAUCAUGUCCGCCUCGCUGCCAGGGAACCGCGAGCUCCCCGACUCGCAGUACGACCUGAGCACGUACUGGGGUCGCGUGCGCCACGCCGCCGGCCUCACGGACCCGAGGUGAGAAGCAGGGACCGGGAUGAGAGGUGGGAGUGGAACAGAAAAAGGUGUGCCCUGCCGGUGUGGUUCAACAAGCGCCAAUGGCUGUUUGUCAUCGGAGCCUUCCAGCCCGGCCCGUCCCUAGGCCUCCAGGGCGAGCAGGGAGGGAAAGCGAAAGGGGCGAGAUGGGGACACUCUUCGUCAACAAGUCGGGGCUCGAGCAGGCCAAGCGGGCCCUGAUCUCGUACAAGCAGGGCCAUGUCAAGGAGAUGAGCCCGGAGCUAUGGCAGGCCAAGAAGAUUGUCGACUCGACCCUACACCCAGACACUGGGGAACCGGUGCUGCUGCCCUUCCGCAUGUCCUGCUUCGUUAUAUCGAACCUGGUCGUGACGGUGGGCAUGCUCACUCCGGGGCUUAGCAACACAGGGACAGUGCUCUGGCAGAUCGCGAACCAGUCACUCAACGUGGCCAUCAACAGCGCAAAUGCCAACAAGUCGUCGCCGCUGACCUAUACCAAGAUGGCGCAGUCCUACUUCCUCGCCGUGGGCGCGUCGUGCUCGGUGGCCGUCGGGCUCAACAGCCUGGUGCCACGGCUGCGGUCGCUGCAACCGUCGACGCGCGUGGUGCUGGGCCGCCUGGUCCCCUUCGCGGCCGUGGCGAGCGCGGGGGCGCUCAACGUGUUCCUGAUGCGCGGCGAGGAGAUGCGGCGCGGCAUCGACGUGUUCCCGGUCCUGUCCGAGGCCGACAAGCGCCGGCUCGCGGCCGAGGGUCGGGCCGAGUCGGACGUGCAGUCGCUGGGCAAGAGCAAGGUGGCGGCCCGGCUGGCCGUCGGCGAGACGGCGCUGUCGCGCGUGCUCAACAGCUCCCCCAUCAUGGUCAUCCCGCCCCUGGUCCUGGUGCGCCUGCAGCGGACCGACUGGCUCCGCCGCAGCCCGCGCCUGACCCUGCCCGUCAACCUGGGGCUCAUCAUCGCCACCAGCUACGCCGUCCUGCCGCUGGCCCUGGCCGCCUUCCCGCAGCGGCAGCGCAUCGCCGCCGCUAGGCUGGAGGAGGAGUUCCACGGCCGCGGCGGCGAGGGAGGCAUGGUUGUGUUUACCAGGGGGCUUUGAAAGAGAAAAAUAUAGAUCCAUAUUCCUUGCUUGCGGCUAACUUUCCGGAUACUUUUAGCUUUUGGGGGAGUGAGUGGCGUUCAUCCGUCGCAACCAAGGACGCUUGGUGGGAAGGGAAGGGGAGGGAACAUCGAUACCGAGGAACAUAUACAAUACACAUGCAAUACGCUAUAUCAACAAUCACGUCGGUCUCCCUCUCCCCCAUGUUGAUUUGUGCCGUGACGGGGAUAUAUAUCUUUGCCGCCGGACGAAUCUCAAGACCGGGGGGGCCUUUUGGCUAGCCGCAUACAACAAAGACAGGCCUGGCGAGAUCUAGAUCCAGAGCCGUGGCGGGCCGUUUUUAUCUAUCUGCUUCGCGCCGCUACCGCACACACGUAAUGGACGUGACGUGGAUUGACUGGUUGCUUUUCAUGCGCGACGCGUCAACCCCAUGUGAGUGAGAUUCGAACCGAGGAGGGCAUAGAUUAGGGCAAGGAUAAGCGGCAGCCCUUUAAUGAGCAAGGACAGAGUAGAGGGUGAUGGAUGUUGGG